GACAAGAAGUAGUGGAAGAAUGACUUCGGAGUUGAUAUUCAGAGGGCAUGAGAGCCAACCUCAGGUGGAUAUGUACUCGCCGAAACCUCCGAAGCCAUGGCUUUCGGUGACUCGCCCAAUUAGGUAUAUGCUUCGGGAGCAGCGACUCGUUUUCGUUCUUGUAGGCAUCGCCAUCGCAACCCUUGUCUUCACACUGAUUCCAUCUUCCUCCUCUUCGUCUUCAGUUCCAUCGAUAUACGGCAACAACUACGAAUCGAUCCCUGAGGUGUAUUUCCCUACGGGAUCGGGAUCGAAGGUGUUAUCGCACAGAGUGGCUUACGAGCAGAGAGGGGGUUUUGGGCAGGUGAAUUCGGGAGGGAAGGUGCCUCUAGGGUUAAAGAGAAAGGGGCUGAGGAUCGUGGUGACUGGUGGAGCUGGGUUCGUGGGUAGUCACCUGGUGGAUCGUUUGAUCAAUCGAGGAGAUAGCGUAAUUGUCGUGGACAAUUUCUUCACAGGAAGGAAGGAGAACGUAAUGCAUCACUUUGGGAACCCUAGGUUCGAAUUGAUACGACAUGAUGUGGUGGAGCCGCUAUUGUUGGAGGUGGAUCAGAUCUAUCACUUGGCUUGCCCUGCAUCACCUGUGCAUUACAAGUUCAAUCCAGUCAAGACCAUCAAGACCAAUGUGGUGGGUACCCUCAACAUGCUUGGACUGGCCAAGAGGGUUGGUGCUCGAUUCCUGCUCACUAGCACCAGUGAGGUGUAUGGUGAUCCCCUUCAGCAUCCCCAGGUCGAAACUUACUGGGGAAACGUCAACCCCAUUGGGGUUCGGAGCUGUUACGAUGAAGGGAAAAGAACAGCAGAGACAUUAACGAUGGAUUACCACAGAGGAGCUGGAGUUGCAGUCAGGAUUGCUCGAAUCUUCAACACAUACGGUCCUCGUAUGUGCAUCGACGAUGGCCGUGUCGUUAGUAAUUUUGUUGCUCAGGCACUGAGGAAGGAGCCUAUGACUGUGUACGGUGACGGAAAGCAAACCAGGAGUUUCCAAUACGUGUCCGAUCUGGUGGAAGGGUUGAUGAGGCUAAUGGAAGGGGAACAUGUGGGUCCCUUUAAUCUUGGGAACCCAGGGGAGUUCACAAUGCUGGAGCUGGCUCAGGUGGUCCAAGAGACUAUAGACCCAAAUGCCAAGAUAGAGUUCAGGGCCAACACAGAGGACGACCCACAUAAGAGGAAGCCUGAUAUCUCCAAGGCUAAGGAGCUCUUGGGGUGGGAGCCCAACAUCUCUCUCCGCAAAGGUCUCCCACUCAUGGUCUCCGAUUUCCGUCAGCGAAUCUUUGGAGACCACAAGGACGGCACCGGCGACUCGUCUGCUUGAUCAUCUUUUACAUCACCGA